AUGACGCAUAAUACACUCGCCAAUAAAUCACGGUUUCAUAUUGACCCUCAAGAAUUUGAAGGUAAUCGAAUUCAUGGUAUUAUCCAAAUCGAACCUGAAGAAGCUCGAAAAACGAUUGAAAACCUGAGAUUGAUCGUUGAUGAUUGUAGCGAACAUGUAUUUGAUAGUAAAUGUAAAUGUAUAACAGCAUCUGGUUUUGAUACAACGAAAAAUGAGAACAUGUCGUUCCAUAUUGAAGCAGUGUGCAAAGAUAAACCAACAACAAGUAAACUGUCUAAUAAACAUACCCUUUCAAUGAUCGAUAAAUUUUCUUCGUUCCUACCAAUUAUAAGCUUAGAAUGGAGCUCUUCACAAGCCGAUCUUAUUGUUAAAUGGUAUCGCCCUGAUGGUUUGAAAGUUAAACAAUAUAUUAUUAUUUUGGACACAAAGGAAGUAUAUUUUAUGCGUAAACCAUUAGAAAAAAACCUCUAUGCAGUUUCUAUCGGUAGUUUCGCGCCUCAAAAAAAGCCUGUUCAGCACACCAUUAAUAUAAAGGCAAUACUUGAGAACGAUGAACACGUAGAACUAUCAGCUCCACUUAGCUUUACUGUGCCUGAUAAGUGCCAUAAAAAAGAUAUGCAAAUUAUACAAGUCUCUCAAGAAAAACAUGAACAUCAUGAUUUAAAAAAAUUUAAUUCUGAGAAUAAAAGCACGAACAAACAAGCACAGCAGACGUCAAGACCACAAGUGGCUAAGCACCCAAUAAAAACGCCAGAAGUUUUUACACCAUUACAAAAUCAAACUAAACAGAACCGAAGUUCUGGCAAAGAGCCGAUAAUACUUUCCUGUGGUUGUCAUGAACCACACAAAUAUUUUCCCGGAAUAGAGCAUUACCUUAACAUAAACACCAAAGAGUCAUCAAUAUUGUCGCUUUCUCAAAAACAACCAACGCACAAUCAUAAGGAAACCAACGUUCAAGAUCGAAGAAAUAAAAAUUCUAAUAAAGCAAACAUCGCUGAUGAUAAUGUACACUCUACAAACAAAGAGAACAAUGAUCAUGAUGAUGAUGAUGAUGUAGUUGCUACAAAUAUUUUUGAUAUGUCGCAAUGA